AUGGCGCUGACUAUGCUAGAUUACGGAUACAACAACAAGUACUCGACCUCUUACGGCGCGAACGGUGCUACAGAUGGUGGCGGUUUUGUGGCAGGUGAGCCGCAGAGCAGCCCUGCAGGCGGAAAAGGGGGCUAUGGAAAAGACACAGUUCGUCCCGUCACGAUUAAACAGAUCAUCGAUGCGCAGCAACCCCACCCCGAUGCAGAUUUCCGAGCAGAUGGAGAACCGUUUGUCCAGGUAACUUUCGUGGGACAAAUUCGAAGCAUCAGUACGCAGCCGACGAAUAUCACAUACAAGGUCGACGAUGGCACGGGAAUUGUCGAAGUGAAACAAUGGAUUGACGGUGAUGCAAACCCAGAUAAGAUGGACGUCGAGCCAAAUAAACCGAGACUGGUUGAAGAUGGCUAUUGCCGCGUCUGGGGAAGAUUAAAGGCCUUCAACAACAAACGACAUAUUGGAGCGCACAUCAUUCGUCCGAUCACAGACUACAACGAAAUCUUCUAUCAUCUACUCGAGGCCACUGCGGUGCAUCUGUUCUUCACAAGAGGACCACCGCCGUCCGCUCAAUCCAACGGACAGAAGACUGGAGCUGCAAAUGGAGUGGGUGAAUCACGGCAAGAGUUUGCUACUGCUGGCGAUAGUGCACUUCCCAAUGUUUCACCGCUUGCGCGUCGGGUGUUCAAUACAUUGAAGAACACUCCGCAAAGCAAUGAAGGUCUUCACGUCCAGAUGAUUGCUUCUCAGAUGGGAAUGCCUGUGAGUGAUGUCUACAAGGGUGCGGAAGAACUUUUGGCUAUUGGCAUCAUUUUCACAACAGUUGAUGACAACACCUGGGCAGUAUUGGAGGCUUGA